AUGGUAGUGGCUGAUGAAUCUUACAGAGGAGAAGACGCCUCCGACGAUCUCUCGGAAUAUCCAUGUCCACACGAUGCAGAAGCCGAAGAAACUCUCUCUCUGUGCGACCUUCCGAUUUACAGCGAUGAAUCCAAUCGCGAUGAUUACUCCAAGCAGGAUUACAGCGCUUCAUUCGACAACGACGGGGAUAACUUCUUCGAGUUUUCCAGCGACGAUUUCUCUGUUUCUAAUUCGGCUUAUUCCGGAUCUGAUAACAUAAUCUUCUGCGGGAAACUCAUUCCCUACAAACAGCCCAGCGAUUCGCAGAACACAGGAAGAAUCGCAUCGGACAAAAUUUCAGCAAAGAAUUGCCAGUUCCGAACGAAAUCGCAUUCGUUCAACAACAAAAAACCGUCUGCAAUUGACGCAAGAGGUGCGAGAACGAGAGGAGGUAAAUGCUUCGAUUCAUUCUCCAUUUCACUGCCGAAGAAUCCUGAGUACAUCGAACGGAAGAGAAGCCGGAAAUUGGACAAAUAUGACUUCCCUGCGGAGAGAGCGAUGAUAUUGGAAUCGUCGACGACGAAAUCGCGCUGGUUCUUGUUUCUGUUCGGUAGCGCGAGGUUCCCGAAGGAGAUGGAACUGAGUGAUAUGAGGACAAGGCAGCGGCGGAGCAGUCCGCCGACGAUGUUCCGGCCGUCGGAGGAGAGGAAAGUGGCCAGAGGAAGCGGCGGAAAGAAGACGACGGCUCACGGGCUAUGGAAGCUUCUGAGGGCUCUGAUAGGCUGCAGGAGCAGUGAUCGAAACGUCGCCGUAAAAGGUUCCUUCAGUCCCAUUCCAGUCGCGUGA